AUGUCAAAAAACACAACAGAGAAUUCAACUAACCCUCACUCAGCUCUUCUAGGUCUGUUCCUGGGAAGCAUUUCACUGACCACUGUUGUCAUGAAUAUAUUAGUACUAUGUGCUGUGAAAACUGAGAAGAAGCUGCAAACAGUUGGCAAUUUAUACAUUAUCAGCCUCUCUAUUGCAGAUCUUAUAGUUGGUGCAGCUGUUAUGCCCCUGAAUAUUGUUUAUCUCCUAAGUCCUGUGUGGACUCUAGGCUUACCAGCCUGUUUGUUCUGGCUGUCAAUGGAUUACGUGGCCAGUACUGCAUCCAUUUUCAAUCUCUUCAUAUUGUGCAUUGACCGUUAUCGUUCAGUUCAGCAACCACUGAAAUAUCUCAAGUAUAGAACAAAAAUGAGAGCAUCGCUAAUGAUUUUGGGGGUUUGGUUGCUCUCUUUCAUGUGGGUCAUUCCAAUCCUAGGAUGGCAUGUUUUUGCUAAUAAUGGGGAAAGGAAAGUAAAGGAAAACAAAUGUGAAACUGAAUUCUCUGAAGUCACAUGGUUUAAAGUGUUGACAGCCAUUGUGAAUUUUUACCUACCGUCUAUCAUGAUGUUAUGGUUCUACUAUAAAAUAUUUAAAACUGUUCGAAAACACUGUCAACACCGAGAGCUCAUUAAUGGAUCAUAUCGGUCUUUCUCAGAAAAAAGCCCCAUAUCUCAUAGUAAGAUGAAGGAUGAACAAAGUAUUUGCCUCCAAAAGCAAAUCGUAGAUGAGAACACCCCUCCCAAAGACGAGCAAAGCUCCCUUCAGCCCAAAAAUACGGAGGCAGAGCUUCAUUUCAGUAAACCUGAUAAGUCUUCAAAGGCAUUUGUUAGCAAGAGUAAUAAGAAAGUCCUUAAAUGGAGCUGUUUUCCUCUCACCACUGUCAAGUCUGAGCCAGGUGUGGAUAAAGCAGGAAAGAAGGGCAUGCAUGUAAUAGAAGAGAACGAAAAAGAAGAGGAGCCGGGCUCACAAGACAGUGACUUAAGUGAUGCAUCAGAUAGCCAUACUUUCACAGAGGAGGCACCCUCUAGAGAGGACUCCAGGCCUAACCCUGAAAGAGCCUGCAGUCCUCAGGAAAAGACUGAGAACAGGGAUUUCAGAGGACUGACUUACCUGAGGAAAACCUGGCGAAGUCUGCAUACCCAUUCCAAAAGGGACUUUCAAGGACUGCAUAGGAACAGGGAGAGGAAAGCAGCUAAGCAGUUAGGGGUCAUAAUGGCAGCCUUUAUGCUGUGCUGGAUUCCCUAUUUUGUACUAUUUAUGGUAAUAGCUUUCCAGGGCCAUGAACAAUUUUCUAAAUUACACAUGUUCACUAUAUGGCUUGGCUAUGUGAAUUCCACCUUAAAUCCAUUCCUGUAUCCUCUUUGUAACCAGAAUUUCAAGAAGACAUUCAAAAAGAUCCUUCACAUUCACUGA